CUUUGUUGACUUGUGAAGGUCAGGUACUAUGUGUUUUGUCAUUUUAAUUGGCAAUCUUAAAGUCUCGCAGUUUGUGACUUAGUCACUCAUAUAGUUGACUGCUUGUCUUCAGUUUUGUUAUUUAGGGAUAGUUAAUGAUUUUCGACAAUUUUAGAGGUUUACGAGACCUUUUAUAGGUAAAUUCGUAGGUUUUGGACAAUAUCACCUCUACUCAUACGGUUGCAAGGAAUCUUAUUCUUGAAGGUCUCCAGCCAAUUCCUAAAUACUUUUGUACGUGGCAGCGUCAUAAUAGUGGGUCGUGUUUGUUCUACCUAGUGAGUGUAUUUCUAAUAAGCCGUGCAAUGAUUCUCCAGGUUGAACAAAGUACCGUAAUUGAUGUAUUCACCCGUAGUGCCCUCAUACGAAUAAAUUUCAAAGUUCGCUGUUAAAAAAUGAUGGCCUAAGUUUUCAUUUAUUAAAUUUUUAUGCUGAAGGUUACUUUUUUACUUAUUUAGAAAGAUUGCUGUGUUGAGUCAGGAUUUGUUUGCCCUUAUCAAAAGAAUCUAAAUAAGCUUGAUUUAUAACAGCCCUCGUACCUAAAUAUGUUUAUCUUGGUAACUAGCGAGGAACACUUGGCGUCACCUAUGUUCUUCCCUAGUAAUAUGUUGCUCUAAAUUAGUUAAAUUAUCGUUUGACCGCACUCGUGUAUACCAUAUCACAUAUCAAGAAGACGUUGUAAAAACGCUCUUUAGGAAGUAUCAUUUCUAACCAGUUCUGAAACGUCAUCCAGUGUCUCUAAUCACUGAACACAGUUUCUCAAAAAACCCCAAGCCAGUAGUCUGUGAAUAAUGACGUUGUGAGCUGAUAGCGCGCUUUAGUUCGGCCAUUAUAGUUUGUUUCCAGCUCCUGCACUGGUUGAAAGUGCACAUUGAUACAAACCAUAGUUGGCUAUACUUAAUACUUUUUCCACCGACGGAUGUUGAUUCACAACCAAGUUCAAUCAAAAUUGGUUGUUUGACAUCCGUUAUAUGCUGUUCACAUCUAUUUGCAUCCUACUCCAAAUAUCACUGUUUCUCAUUUAUUGAUACCCUCUUCCCUGAAGUGUCGGUCUUUCAUUUACUUAUGGAAAUCAGUAUAAUCGAAGUUGUAAUAUUUUCUAUGCCAAUUUCCAGACCGAGGUAUAAUCAAGCGACGAUGAAGCUGUUCUCACUACAAAUCCUUUAUAAAACUGAUACAUCAGCUAAAUUAUUACAAGCUUCACAUGAGCUGUCCAGCUUCGGUUAUUUUCAGCGAUCCAGUGUCAGAGAAGUGAUGGACUUUGCUGCUAAACUAGUCUGUGAACGAACAGCUCGUUGCCAACGCGGACUUGUUAAAGAACAAGAUUAUAUUUGUCAUGUUUAUGUUCGACAUGAUAAUCUAUGCGGUGUACUGAUUUGUGAUCAAGAAUAUCCUCAAAGGGUUGCUCAGACGUUACUAACCAAAGCCACUGAAGAUUUCUCAGCCCAAUAUCCCGCUGCCACUUGGCCAAAUAUAGCUGAUGGAUCAGCUUCAUGUAAAAAAAUCGAUGAAUAUCUUCAUGAGUAUCAGAAUCCCAGUCAAGCAGAUGGUUUAAUGCGGCUUCAAAAUGAAUUGGAUGAAACUAAAGUUAUUUUACAUAAUACAUUAGAAUCAUUAUUGUCUAGAGGUGAAAAACUUGAUGAUUUAGUUGAGCGAUCCGAAGGUCUUAGUUUGCAGUCAAAAAUGUUUUAUACCACAGCAAAGAAAACGAACAAAUGUUGUGUUAUACUGUAA